AUGGUAAAAUUGGGGAGUAACCUUCAAGACAAAGGCGCCAAAGCGGUUAGCGUGGAGGAUGGUUUUCAGAACGUGCCCCUCAUCACCCCUUUGGAUGUCUGUAAUCUGCCGUACCAAGCCCCAGACAAGGUGGUGGUGAAGACCAGGGCCGAGUACCAGGCGGAGCAGAAGAAGGCCAAGCUGAAGGUGCCCAAGGUGGAGGAGUUCACCAUCAGCCUCACCGAUGGAGUGUCCGAGAGACUCAAGGUGACUAUCCUGAUCGUGCUGGCGCUGGCGUUCCUGGCCUGCAUAGUGUUCCUGGUGGUAUACAAGGCCUUCACCUAUGACCACACCUGCCCCGAAGGUUUCGUCUACAAGCAUAAGCGCUGCAUCCCGGCGUCCCUGGAGGCCUACUACAACUCGCAGGACUCCAGCUCGCGGGGCCGCUUCUACACCGUCAUCAGCCACUACAGCAUGGCGGCCAAGCAGACCAGCUCCCGCUCCGUCUCCCCCUGGAUGCCCGCGGGCGCCGGCGCCCACGAUGCCAAGCCGCCCAGCCCUGACAGCCAGUGA